AUACCACGGCGUGGGGAGAGUUGGACUGUUGUGGCCAAUGUCUCUCACACACUGAAUGCGUCGAUUUUUUAUUUGUUAUAUCGGUUUUUUGAGUAUUUUUCUAGAUUUUAUUUUAGCUGAUAAGGACAACAACAGUGAAGAAGAACGAGAUCGAAAAUUCGACUGGAAAUUCGAAAAUGAGAACGGAAAGCCUGAACAUGAGACAGUAACGGUACCCAAGCUGCCCGACGGGUCGUACUUUUGGAAAUGGACUUGGAAUUCGAGAAUCAACUCCACGACGGCCGCUACUCCAACAAGUACUGUAACUACAUCCACUAGUGCACCUACAACGUCUCCACGAGUUUACAAGUUAAAGUCAGAAGCUAGGAAGUCGUUGAGGAAGGCCCUCCGCGGAGUCCCUCCAGAAAAACGAAAGAAGCAGCUAAAGAAAAUGGGAAAGAAGAUGAUGAAAAUUCCAAAAAUUACCAAAAAGGAAUCGAAUAAACUUCACAAAUCGUAUCGAAAAGUGAAGAUAACCGAGAAUCCACCAGCAUUGGACAUGUUCGAAGUCAAUGAACGGGCCGGAUUGAAUGAGUAUUUGUUUCAAGGAGACAUCAAUUUGAAUAACAACCAAAUCGCGAAAAUUUCCUCUGAACAGUCCUCAAAAUCCCGACGAAAAAAGCGUCAAAUCGAUAACUUGGCUCAAUUCUGGCCCGGAAAAGUUGUGUACUAUUAUUUCGAUUCGGGUCUUACGACGACAGUUCAGCAAAUUGUGCGUGAUGCGAUAACGUUCUUGGAAUCGAAUACAUGCUUGAAAUUCGAAUUGAAUAGCACGGCCACAAAUCGAGUAAAGAUUUUCAGCGGUGUUGGAUGCUACUCAGACACCGGAAUGCUCGGAGGGGAGCAAACCUUAUCACUGGGCUACGGGUGUGAAGUGACCGGCACGGCGGCUCACGAGAUAGCCCACACUUUGGGGCUAUUUCACACCCAGAUGAGAUCCGAUCGUGAUGAUUAUGUCACCAUUGAUCUUACCGAUGUUCCGGAGUCUUCUCAACAAAACUUUAUUAAAUUGACUGAAGCGACAUCGACAAACCUCGUUGAUUAUGAAUAUGGAAGCUUCAUGCAUUAUUCGGGAAGAGCGUUUGUCUCAUCCGGCGGAGUUGAUUCCAUAGUGCCCAAAGAUCCGGUGAUGGUAUACACCAUGGGCGGACGAAUUGUGACUUUUCUGGACUUGAAAAUGCUCAACACGCAUUACUCUUGCUCUUGCCCAACAAUUCUCAGCUGUGGAAAUGGCGGCUUCACGAACCCUGCAAACUGUUCCGUUUGCAUUUGCCCGUACGGUUUUGGUGGAGCCUUGUGCACUGAAAGAACAGAUUACGGAUGUGGAAGCACUUUGACUGCAACUGACACGUGGCAGCAGGAGACGUAUACAUUUGGGAAUGCGUCAAAUUCCGCCACAGCGAGACCAAGCGCAGUUUACUGUAAUCAUUGGAUUCAGGCGCCUGUCGGUAAGCAAAUUCAAUUUCGAAUCGAUUCCACGUACAACACCCAAUGUGUCUACGGGUGCACAUUUAAUGGAGUUGAACCGAAGUUGAAAAGUGACAUGACAAUUACGCAGGCGAGGUACUGUUGCGACGAGUUCAACGCUGAGAUCAUGACUGCCGACUUCGGUGUCAAUCCGAUGCCCGUCUUCAGCUUUAAUCGGUACUACAAAACCACGUACACAUGGUCAUAUCGAUACGUGGACUCUAACGUCACCGCAUGUGCUGAUACAUCCGACAAAGCCACGUGUCUUUCUUUGAAAAGUGCAAAAGAGCAGGGUUGCUCAAUUUAUGACACUGCUCAGCUGAAGGUGAUGUGUGCGGCGACUAUGGAUUUGUGUGGGAAGGUGGCGUCAGAUGAUGGGACAUGUAAGGACAGGUUUCCCAAGAGCCAAUGCUCUACCUACUCCACGAACGGAAUGUGCACCCAACAACCGCCACUUGCCGCCGAAUUCUCAUGCGCUGAAACUUGCGGUUUCUGUACUAAUCCGGUUUGAAAUAAAAUAUUUUGUGUUCGU